AUGGCUGUGCUCAAGUGGGCUUCGACCGGCCUCGGCUGGAGCUUGAGGCGCGGCGACAUGUGCGAGGCACGGCUGCAGCAGCACACGGCGUACCUCGAGGGGCUGAUCGCGAUGGUCCCGCCCAAGUACUACCUCCCGCCCAACCCCGAGGAGAUGGCCAAAAAGUUCCAGAAGCACAGUGCGCUCGAGAAGGCGGGAGGCAUCAAGCAGCGCGACGACCAGAAGCUGCUGAAGCGGAUGCUCAAGCGCAAGGAGCGGUCCAAGAAGAAGUCGCAGCGCGAGUGGAAGGCGCGGGUCAAGACGGUGCGCAACGAGAUGCUGGAGCGCCAGACCAAGCGCCGUGAGAACCUCGAGGCGCGCAUGACCAAGUCCAAGGCCAAGGCAGCGCGAGCAAAGGCGCGUUCAGGCGACCGAGCGGGCUUCGAGGGCAAGAAGCAAAAGUUCCUCAACUAG